UGGGCUGAAUUUAUUCUUGUUUUAGUGACAUUCAAUAUGCUAUCGCGUCCCGAAAGUUUUUCAUUUUUCUUUGCCAACCGAUCUGCCCGUCUCCCGCCGCCGCCGCCGCCGUCGCCGCCUCCGGCAGGAGGCCCAAUCCCCGGAUCCGCCCGCGCCGGAUGCUCCUCCGCCGCGCCGUCGCCGCCGUAGCGGAGCGCUCCUCCCGAUUAUCGCACUCGCGACCCCUCCUCCGGCGCGCGGGCUCUGCCUGCUCUAGCCUCACCACCACCACCACCUCCCAACAUCGUCACGGCCGCCGUCGCGCGCCGCCGGCUGAGAGCAACGCCCUCACAACCACCGCCGCGCCACGCCCGUUCCCGGACUACUCCCCGCCCCGCCCGGACUCGCCGGCCGACGACGACCUCGCGCGCCGCCUCGCCGCCGCCGUCCUCUCCUCCCCUAACCCGGGCUCUCUCCCUCCCCUCCCCUUCCUCCCUCUCCUCCGCCCACUUCACCUCCUCCUCGCGCUCCCCCUGCUCGCCUCGCACCCGCACCUCCCCACCAUCCUCCUGCCGCUCCUCCUCCUCUUCCCCUCCGGGCCUCGCCCGCACCCUCACCUGCUCCAGUCCUUCGCGGUCGCUGCCCACCUCGCCGCCGUUCGCGAUCCCGGCGCCGCGCGGGCCAUCCUCGUUCGCGCCCUUCGCUUCCCGUCCCCUCAUCGGCAUUUCGUCGAGCAGUUCAUCUCCACCUACAAGGCCUUCUCCUCCGACCCUGUCUCAUUCGACCUCCUCCUCCUGUGCCUCCCCUCCGCGCCUCUCCUCCUCCGCCUCCGCCAGUACGGCAUCUCUCCCUCCCCGGAGUCCUGUAACGCGGUGCUCUGCCGCCUCCCGCUUGAUGAAGCCGUUCAGUUGUUUCAGGAACUCCCGGAGAAGAACACCUGCUCGUACAAUAUACUACUCAAGGCGCUGUGCACCGCUGGCCGCAUCAAGGAUGCGCACCAACUGUUUGAUGAAAUGGCAUCGCCGCCAGAUGUUGUAACAUAUGGCAUUAUGGUGCAUGGGUAUUGUACUCUUAGUGAGCUGGAGACUGCGAUUAAGCUGUUAAGUGAAAUGGCAGCAAGGGGGUUGGAACUCAACCCAGUAGCCUAUACUAGUGUUAUUGCAUUGUUGUGCGACGAAGGGCAGGUUUCAGAUGCUGUGAGGGUGGUAGAGGAUAUGGUGAUGCAUGGAGUGGUGUUGGAUGCAGCGGUGUUCACAACGGUAAUGAGUGGGUUCUGUAGGAAAGGUGAUUUGGCAGCUGCAAGGAAUUGGUUUGAUGAGAUGCAGAAGAGAGGGUUGGCAGCUGAUGGAGUGACGUAUACUGCGCUGAUCAAUGGCCUUUGUCGGGCUGGAGAGUUGAAAGAGGCAGAGAGAGUGCUUCAGGAGAUGGAGGACAAGGGAUUGGAUGUUGAUGCGGUCACAUAUACAGUUCUCAUUGAUGGGUACUGCAAGGUUGGGAAGAUGACGGAGGCCUUUCUGGUGCAUAACAAAAUGGUGCAGAAACGAGUGACACCAAAUGUAGUGACAUACACGGCUCUGUCAGAUGGACUCUGCAAGCAGGGGGAUGUGUGUGCUGCUAAUGAACUAUUGCAUGAGAUGUGCAGCAAGGGGUUAGAGCUGAAUAUUUUCACAUACAACUCCCUGAUCAAUGGCUUGUGCAAGGCUGGCAAUUUGGAGCAAGCUAUGAGGACCAUGAUAGACAUGGAUGAAGCAGGUCUUAAACCAGACGUUUACACAUAUACAACUAUUAUUGGUGCUCUUUGCCAGUCCAAAGAGCUUGACAGGGCUCACAGCCUUUUGCAAGAGAUGUUAGAUAAAGGAAUUAAGCCUACUAUUGUGACUUAUAAUGUUCUAAUGAAUGGCUUUUGCAUGUCAGGUAGGGUAGAAGGAGGUAAGAGGCUGCUUGAAUGGAUGCUGGAGAAGAACAUCCACCCAAAUACCACAACAUACAAUUCUCUUAUGAAGCAGUAUUGCAUUGAAAAGAACAUGAAAUCAACCACCGAGAUCUACAAGGGAAUGCUUUCACAGGAGGUGGUACCAAAUGAAAACACAUAUAAUAUUUUGAUCAAGGGACAUUGUAAGGCAAGAAAUAUGAAAGAGGCUCUGUAUUUCCAUAGUGAAAUGAUAGAAAAGGGAUUCAGGCUUACUGCAAGCUCAUACAAUGCUCUUAUAAGAUUGUUGAAUAAAAAAAAGAAAUUUACUGAAGCGAGAAGAUUAUUUGAGAAGAUGAGGAAGGAACGUCUUACAGCAGAACCAGAUGUAUACAACUUUUAUAUUGAUCUCAGUUUUAAUGAAGAUAAUUUGGAGUCAACCCUUGCACUUUGCGAUGAACUGGUGGAAGUCACUCUUGUGAAAUCUAUAGCUGACACGGAUGAUGACUUUGCAGAAGAGCAUAUAUGUAAGUAACAUGCUUUGGCAAAUGAUAUCAUCCUAAUCUAUUCAGGAUUGGCAAUGUGUAAAGUGAACCAAGAACACACAACAGACAAAGCACUGCCCUUUUUGCCAUGCUGAAAUAACAGUUGAGCGAUCAUGAGAUUCCUUGAAGAGAUGUGGGAGGUUCUUGGAUAUUACAGAUACGUAUGGGAUUGCUCAUCAUGGUUAUUAUGCAAUUUGCAAGAUAGACCAUCCUGUUGCUGUGGAGCAUGUAAAGAAAUAAAGUGAUGAUUCUUACAAGCACUUAAGGCCAUGAGAAAUGAAUACUGUUCACUUCUACAGUGCCUUUUGUAUGAUCCAUAUCUGAUAGUGUGAUGGAGGAAAAUUUUCCAUGGUAUUGUUGGCAAUUUCUUAUCACACUGAAAGUAUUACAAUGAUGAUGGUCUAGCCCAGAGUUGGAUGUUUGGACUUUGGAGCACAGAAGGUAAUAACAUUAGUUUGCGAGAUUGCCCUUUUUGGCCUUUUCAGAUGAUGAUGAUAUACAAGGAGAUAAUUGGAUUACUGUUGCAUAGCUUCAGCUUCCACAUAAAAUGUGUUUGGUGAGAGUGAGUGAGUGACAAACUUUUACCUAGUGUUGAUAGGGAGUUGACAUCAUGGAGCUAUGCUAUCGACAUCUUUUCACUACAUAAUAGGGCAGUGUUACCCUUCUAACCAUGUCUCAGUGUGAAGCAAUAUAGCUGUACUAUUUUUACAACAGCAGGGACAUUAGCUGCUUAAGUCAAGCACCAACUAGCGAUUUUUGUCCUAACUGACACUUUUUUCGUUAAGAUGCAUUUGUUCAGUUUUACAAGGCC